AUGAGUGCACUUUUGAAGAAAUAGAGUACUUUACAGUAGUAACACUAGCUACAGUCAGUUAUGGAGAUGUAAUUCCUUAGACAGAGAAGGUAGAGUUUGUGUUAUUGUAUUCAUCAUUAUUGCUUUUGUUGUAAUACCUUAAUAGAGAAUGAAUUGAUUAGAUUGAUGGGAUUAUAAAGUAUAUAUUCAAGUACAUUCUAUAAAUGGAAUCCAAAAGUUCCACAUAUCAUCAUAUUUGAACAAGCGAAUGUUGCAGCCCUUAGAAAAAUUUUUAUGAAUUUUUCAUCAAGAUUGUGGUAGUCAAGAUAAAAAUGCAAUCAUUAUGAGGUUGACUAAACCAAUUACUGA